AUGUACAUUCAUAAUCCGUAUGAAGUACCUAAUUAUGAUGCAGAGUCAUGUAUGAUAGCACUUGGCAGGAAAUCCAAGAAGCCGUCACCUGAACAAGAAAAAGGGAUAACAAAUAUAGAAAAUGAUAGGCUUAUACAAACUAAGCUGUCACCAUUGCAACGUGCAUACACAAUAGAAAGCAAAGUAUAUGUAUUGCACAUAGGAUCAAAAUCUUACAAAGAUUUAAAACUGGUAUCAGAAAAAGAACAAAGGAAACAAAUUAAAGAUAAUUUGGAAGCUAUAUUGAGUCAAACCAAAAAUACUGACAUUAUGAUCUUACUAGAAAACUCAGCAGCUAACAAAUGUCAUGGAGCACAGAUAGAAGAUUUCUUAAAAAUUAAGAGAAGUAUAGACAAAACUUUAUCAACUAAAGUGGUAAAAUAUGAAAGCCCAAACCAACCACUAAAAGAACACAAAAUAAAACGUGUAAAGCUAUACUUUGACACACAAUACUAUUUUGCAGCAGGAAGCAGAAGAUAUCCAGAUGACUACAAACAAGUCAUGGAUAAAAAAAUUAAACAAAAAGAUGGAUCCGUGAAGAAAAUAAAAGCAACAAUAUUUGGUUUUGAACAAGAUGUUUAUGCGCCAUUAUUACAAGGACAGUUAUCUCAAGAGAUAUUAAAAAUGCUAGCAACGCAUCCUAAAAUGAAAGCAAUGAUAUUAAAAACACUAGGAAAAACUGAAGAACAAAAACAAGAGCAAAUAUUUCAAUGCUUAUAUCUUGAAGGACAAGAAAGAUAUCAAGACUCUCGGAAGCAAGAAACAAUAGAAAGAAUGAGGAGAAAACAAAUAGAACAAAUGUUAUUUAAAACUAACGAAGCAUUGCUCAAGCAUCAGAAGUUACCCUUUGCAACUUCAAGCAAAAACCCUCCACUAAUACCAAAAACAUUUGGAGGAUAUGUAAAUCAACUUAGCUUUAAUAUCAAGAAGUUAAAAAAGUUGCAAGAACAAGAAGAAGACAAGAAUGUGGCUAAGAUGCUAACAAAUCUCGUAGACCAUAUAGCAACAAUGAAUUCUAACUUCCAAAAGUAUAAAGAAAUAAGUGAUCAAGAAGCAAAAACCUAUCUUGACAAUAUGAAAGAUAUAGAGGCACUACCAAAGAGAUUAAAAGAAAAGAAACUACAUGAAACAUACCAAGAAAAAUUAUUUGAAAUAACACAAUGGUAUGACAAACAAAAUGAAGAAACUCAAAGAAUAUAUACAAGAGACCUGGAUGAAACAACACAAGCUAAAUUAACAGCAAUAGGCAACACUUCUUUAAAUGACAAAGAAAGGAAAAGAGCUAACGAAAGGUGGCAAGAAAAUGCCAAAAUAGAAAUAUCAACUAAUCAGAAAAAGAGAGUACACAUGCCAACACAUGUAGCUAUACAAGAACAGGCAACUAUGAUAGAACCACCAGUAUUGCCUCUAUCUAUAGAAUCAGCAUAUGACCCACAAACAGGUAACUCAAGUAGUAGCUCCAGCUCCACAAAAAGUGCAGAACAAUCUAUAUCUAAAGCCAAUAUAGGAACUACCCCACCAAUGAAACCAAGAGGGAAACCAACAAAAAAUAAGCAAGUUGCUAUGAAAAAUGAAGGACCUAAUUAUUGCCUUAAUUGUAACGAGUAUAAAACAUCACCAAACCAUAACUGCAAAGUAACUGCCAAAGGAUUUGAUUGGUUCAGUGAUGCUGAAAGAGAAAGUCCUAAACCAAGAAUUUCUAAAAAUUGUUGUAACAAUUGUAGAUACGAAAAAGAACCUAACCAUGAUUGUAAGAAUCACCUAUUUAAUCCAAGUCAGAAGAGAAGAUUUACCGAAGAUAAAAGGUCAUCUGCAGCAAAAUCUACCAACCAUAUAAGAAAAGAAGAUUGUAUCGAGAUCAAGCUUCUUAAGCAACAACAAGUGAAAGACUGCAAAUGUAAUCCAACUAAAAUACAACUAAAAAUCCAAGAAUAUUUUGCAGAAAAUAAAAGAAAGUAUAAUAAUAGGAAUACUUAUUAUUGUUGUAAAUGCCUUAAGAUUUGUGGCUACACCGAACUUUACCUUUUAAGUAAAGUAUCACUCUAUAUACAACAUAAGACAAAUAUUAAAUACUUUGAUAACAUUUUAGUAUGUAAGAAUUGUCACUUAAGCUACUAUGAGCAACAAUUUUCUGUUGACUACAACUAUAAGGAAGCAACUGCUUUCUUUGAUAAGCAAGAGAAAUUAACAGAAUGUCGCUUUUGUUGUAAGCCUGUGAUAACUCAAAAAGCAUACUAUCUACCGCAAACUAGUUACUUCUUUUGUAAUGAUGAAGAGCUAAUAGCUCAUAUGGUAGCAACCGAAUUAGCAAGAAAUCCUAAUUAUGACAGACUUAUUAGGAUAAGACAUCGAACUAGAAGACCACCUAGAUACUCUGGAUACAUCAUAAAUAAAUCAAUGAUCAAACGAUUAGUUCAAGCUUACCAAGUAUCACAAGAUAUUGAACCAACUAACAGAACAAUGUACUAUAAGGAUUACAUAAAUGCUCAUCUGAUAGCAUUAUAUGUAGAUGAUAUCUGA